AUGCAGCAAAAUCAAGAACACAACGACUUGCCGAAUUCGAACUGUUUCUCAGUUGCGCAUGGAAAUUCUACCGUACGCCAAAAGGGUUUUUUUUCUUCACAGCUUAAAGGCGCAAUACCUGACACAGUGCAUGGGUCUCGCCGCGAGAUACGCUCGCUUUCUGGCAGUUUUUCCGACGAUUUCCGUCGGAGAUAUCCGUCUAAUUUUGUCGCCAAUAUGGUUAUGGCUCAACAGCAGAAAAAUGCAGAACGAAACGACGAACACACUCGACGCAACAGAUCUCCUUCAGUCGAUUCAGUAAGCCGUGUGCAGCAGCAAAGUGGGGGCUUUGCAUUUUAUAAUCAGCAGUCAAACCAUCAAUAUCAGCAAUCGCAUCCACGACGUACAAGCUUUUCGAGGGAUGGGAACACUGGAUACUACAACAACCAUUCAGGAAAUAAAAGACAAACCUACAAUAACCAGCGCGGCGGACGCAGUUACAAUCAUCGCGGGAAUAGCAAUUAUCAACAGAAUGGCGAGUAUUCUGGGAAUCAGGGAUGUGUCCCAAAAUAUCAUCAAAGGAAUCAAAAUUACCCUCAACUGCAACCAAAGUAUUCCUACUUCCAACCACAUCAGAGACCAAUUUUUAACUCGACCCAGGGUUACGGCACAUAUUCUGUCCGUCGGUCAUCGCCACCAUCUCCAUCAGCUCUAUCAAGCUCAACAGCGAAUUCCACAUCAAACCGAGCUCCGACGCAGCCUCCAAUCCUGCUCAGGCACGCUGAGCCAGCUAGUGAUAAGAAUCAUCAAGGAAGCGAUCAUGAGCAAAAUCAUGAUCCUAAAAUUCAUUUGUACAGGUCGGCUGGCACCGCACCGGGUGGAUAUACUCAAUGCCCAUCUCCGUACAAACAGCCACCACCACAACCUCCGUCUACACCAUCAUCUUCCGAUAAACGGAUUGAGCAGCAACAAGCAGAGGAUUGGCCGACGCGGUUUCAACAUCCUCCUCCACAAUUCAGACGCGGGCAGGAUCCAAUGCCAGCCUCAAUAGAGCUCCAGCAUAAGACCGCCAAUCAAACGAUGCCAGUUGAUAUUGUACAGACGAAUCAGCAGAAAACUGUGUCAUCUUAUGAGAGGGCUGCACAGUUUAGAGCUUCUGCAAGUGAACUACCAACGGACAGUGUCGAUGCAAAACACCCGUGUUUCGCUAACGAGCGUAUGCAAAGUGCUUUAAUCGGAAUUUCUCCACAACUGAAGACACAACAACAGUCUCCUGGAAUUCCGAUUCAAAAUGAAGCAGAAGCGUCGGCAGUAAUGAAAGCAAUGAGAUCAUUUCAGUUUCAUAAUUGGCCGCAGAUGUCACAUGGAUCCUAUUAUCCAAUGCCAUAUCAUCUGGAAAAUCAAAUGAGACCUAUGAAAAGUGGAGAUCAGCUUCCGUUAAAUCAGCAAAACCACAAUUUGUCAGGGUUUCCAGCGUUCGUCGGAAAGAGUUCUCUUGUUGGAUCAUCCUUGAAUACCCGCAACAGCAGCGAAGCUGAUCCGGAGGAGAUGCCGAGGAUUAUGGAAAAAUUGGACGAUGAGGUGACUGGAGCUGAUCAUGACAAGACGAUCGAUGAAAACAGAAGACGGAUUCACAAGUCACAGGAACCACGAAUCGGGACGGAGGAGAAGGCUUUGAACGAGCUUCCACGCAAAGCAAACCGUCGAAACUCGUCAUGUUCCUCAAUAUCAUCCGUAUCCGAAAGUUCAUCGCCAUCUGCUCUCGAUGAAUCUACUCUGACCAAGAUUCUUCCAACUGACAAUUUCCGUGGAGGACGAGGAUUCGCAUCGCCAUCUCCACCUACAUCUCUUCUUUCCGAGCCACUCUCUAGGAUGGACGUUCUCAGCGAGAAAAUUUGGGAUUAUCACAACAAGGUGUCUCAAACUGACGAAAUGCUCCAAAGAAAGCUACAUCUUCGUGAUAUGCUCUAUACUGCAAUCAGUCCUGUUUUCCCACUAUCCGGACUAUACGUUGUCGGUUCAUCACUUAAUGGUUUUGGUAACAACUCAUCUGACAUGGAUCUUUGCCUGAUGAUCACUAACAAAGAUCUGGAUCAGAAGAACGACGCAGUUGUCGUUCUAAAUCUCAUACUUUCCACUUUGCAAUACGAGAAAUUUGUGGAAAGUCAGAAGCUCAUUUUGGCAAAAGUUCCCAUUCUUCGGAUAAACUUUGCUGCACCUUUUGAUGAUAUAACUGUUGAUCUGAAUGCGAAUAAUUCGGUUGCUAUUAGAAAUACCCAUUUAUUGUGCUACUAUUCGUCAUAUGACUGGCGAGUACGGCCGUUGGUAUCAGUUGUGAAGGAGUGGGCAAAACGGAAAGGGAUUAACGAUGCAAACAAAUCGAGUUUUACAAGUUAUUCUCUUGUUUUAAUGGUUAUUCACUUCUUGCAAUGCGGCCCGACAAAAGUUUUACCAAAUUUGCAACAAUCUUAUCCAAAUCGAUUCUCGAACAAAGUUGAUGUUCGCACAUUGAAUGUUACGAUGGCACUUGAAGAAGUAGCUGAUGAUAUUGAUCAAUCACUUUCUGAAAAGACGACACUCGGAGAGCUUCUUAUUGGAUUCCUUGAUUAUUACGCAAAUGAGUUCAAUUAUGAUCGUGAUGCCAUCUCGAUUCGGCAAGGAAGACGUGUAGAAAGGGCUGCACUUGCUGUUCGUCCAAAAAUACAUUCGAAUAGUGAAGGAGACAAAGAGACACCUCCACCAUCAUCAUCUGCAUCGACUUCUUCCAUCCACAAUGGAGGUACUCCAGGAAUCCCAAUGCAUCAUUCCAUUUCAAAUCCCCACUUCUGGCGGUCUCAAUGGCGUUGCGUGUGUAUAGAAGAACCGUUCACUAAUUCGAAUACAGCACACUCGAUAUAUGACGAAAUGGUAUUUGAAGCAAUCAAAAAAGCAUUCCGUGAAGCUCAUGGAGAGUUGCAACAUAAUCAUGAUUUGGAUAAAUUGAUGGAGUGUGAACCUAUAAAGGCAUCCACAACCAACACAGGAGCUGCUGUCUUUGCCGCCACCUAUGAAGGUGAACGUCCUUUGGCUCAACAACCUAAUACGAUUGCGUGUGCUAGUCUUCGUGUCUUGAAUUCUAUUCCUGUUUCAUCUGGUCCAGGACACUAUCACUACCAACAACAAUCCAAUCAGAAUCUGUCACGACCACAACGACCAGGAAGUAACCAAGGAUACCAAAUGAAUAAUAAUCGUGGGUUCAACGGCAACAAUCAGCAGCAACAUCAAAAUCGGCGAUCAUUCAACAAUCAGUCAUCAUCGAAUCCAGGAAACGGAUCUACUGGACCACGAUCUUCAAGAUCUAAUGAAAACGUCAGAGACUCGUCACGUCAACAGAACAGUCAGAAAGGAAGUUCGGGAGUGUCUGUUUCUAAGGAGAACGUGGCAAGUACGACCGGAGUCCCAGUAGACAAGAAGCAGCAAAAUUCAAAUAGGAAAGACGACGGAAAUAGAACGAAACGGUCACCGAUGGUGCAAUCACCAGAACCAGCUAAAACAAAGUCGGAAAAAACUCCGAUGGCAUCAUCAAAUGUAUCUCAAUGAGAUAUUCCUCUUAUCGGAUUUAUUAUCGUCCAUCCAAACUAGUCAUACAAUAGCGAAGACGAUGACUCUUCUAUUUCCUUUCUGUAAAAGAUAUUUCAAUUUAUCAUAGUCCCACUAUUCAUUUCCUUUUUAGCUUUCCCUCUGUUUCGUCCAAAUUCAGGAUAUUUUUCCCUCGCAUUGUUUCGCUCUAGCACACUCGUUUUCUUUUGACUGUUUUGUUUCUUAUUGAUAGGUUUAAUGCCUAAUCCCCUCCCCGACCCAUUUUCUCUAUGCUAUCAGGAUCAUUUGUUCCUCGAAAAUCAUCUAUCAGAUAUGUGAUGAUCUCUACAAUUUUUUAGUUCUUCCCACUAUGGCCUUCUCUCCACCCACAUUUCCCUGUAUUUUAACACGAAAAGUUCAAAACGAGGUACACGUUUCAACCACACCACAUAGCUCUUUUCCCACUCCUUCAAUCCUCCCUAAAAUACAAAUUAUAUGUACAAACUUUCGAAAAAUCAACAAAAAAAAUUGCAAACAUUUGAAAAUCCCAUUGAUUUUUGCGAAUUUUCAGAAUACGAUGACAUCCCGUCGGCACCCCCAUGCCGCUGAGUUUUGUCUCUCCUAGCAACAACUGAAAAUUUUCAGAUCAAUAAGAUAAAAAAAAAACGAAUCCAUUCUUGUUCACUCCCUCUUUAUAUAUGUUUUGCCAUAUUACCGCCCUCUAGCUACAGUAUCCCAUCUAGAUCAACUCCAUGUCUUUUAUGAUUGUACCAUAAGUACCUCCCCAUUUCAUCUCCCCUUUCCCAUUAUAUCCCAAAAAAAAAAUCAUGUUCCGGUAACCUUCCUCCUCCGUUUCUUUUGUCCCCUCAAUUGCCGUCUCCCACACACCUCUAAUUUUUGUAUUUAUUAUAUCAUUUUUUUUCUCGUCACAUGGGUGUUCAUUUUUCUAUUGCUCUUUUUUCGGUUCAUCAGAACUUUCCACAAUUCCUGUUCUGUAAUUUUCUCUCCUCUCCUCCGUCUCUCUUUCUCUUUGUCUCUUUCUCAAAAUUCUCGGUUUUCGGUUGAAAUUUCACUUUAAGUUAUAACAGAAAACAAUGAUUUAUAAAUGAACGAGAAUUUUAAAAAAUGUUG